AUGGGCUUUGGCAGCAUGAGGCGAGGGGCGAGGGGCCUGAGGGGCAGAGACAGGCCGGCCACCCCGCAGUGCCUGCAGACCCAGUGCUUCGACCCGCUGGUUCGCAAAUGCGUGGCCUGCAGUCUCCUCCGGACGACAGAGCCUAGACCGGCCUCGCCUCCCUCCGACCCUCCCCCUCCCCGCUCCUCUCUCCCCUCUGCCCCGUGCUCUGCCUGCUCGUCCCCUCCAGCAGGCGGCCCGAGCAGCCUGGCGCCCGGGACGGCGCUGCAGCCGCAGGAGUCGGUGGGCCCGGGGGCCACCGCCGAGGCCGAGGCCGCGCUGCCGCUCCCGGCGCUGCUCUUCGGCGCCCCCGCGCUGCUGGGCCUGGCGCUGGCCCUGGUCCUGCUGGGCCUGGUGAGCGGGAGGCGCCGACGGCGACGGCCCGGCGCGGCGGCUGCCCCAGAGGCCCUGGAGGCCCCGAACGGAGACCAGGAUGAGCCCCUGGACAGUGACAGCAUCCUCUCCCCGGGAACCCUGGAUGCCACAGCUCCGAUCUGGCUUCCGCCCAGUGAAGACCCAGCUACCACCCCACCUGCCCACAGCGUCCCUGUGCCAGCCACAGAGCUGGGUUCCACUGAGCUGGUGACCACUAAGACGGCCGGCCCGGAGCAACCAUAG